AUGUCCAAGACGUUGGUCCCCAGUGUCAGCUUCAGUGGUCUGUACGGUCUCGUGUCCUCGCCUCUCAAAGGUGGCAAUCAUCAUGGAUCGUCCACGCCCAGCGGUGGCCUCAAGCCGAUCGCACCGCCCGUUCCUUCGCGAACCAAUUCCAGCGAUAGUACGACCGACCUCCCUCUCCUCGACAACCAACGCCAACAUCAUCAUCAUCAACAACAACAACAAUACUAUCACCACCCGAACCAAGUCGUCGCCUCGCGUCACCCAUCGCAAUACAGCGCCGUUAGCGCGAGUGUUCCGGAAGCCCAAUUGCAACUCUCGACCGAGUGUCCGUCGUGCGCGCACCCGGUCGUCCUCAAGGUACCCAGUGCCCUUCUCGCAGCAGCCAAUGUCGGGCACCACAACCGAUUGGGGAUGGAACAAUAUGACGACGGACGAUAUUUCCAGCAACAGGUCGAUCAUCGUGGCGGUCGACAGCUCACGGAAAAGGACAGGAGAGAGCAGUGGCGAGCCGGUGUCGUCGGUGGUGCCGUACGAGCGGCGAAGGCGUUCAAAGAAUCGAGGGUGAGUGCGAUAUUGGACGAUCCGUUAUCUUCAAAAUGGUAUGGACUUUUGAAGCUGACGUCUCGGAUCGGAAACCCCGAUCACGCAGUUCCCCGAAUUACUCUGGCGCCUGUUCCAAUUCUGCGUCGGCAUCAUCCUAUGGCUCGACAUGACCUUUCACCUGCGUCAGCGUAUCAUGGUCGUCGUAUGGGCCGUACUCGAGGACCUCGUCAAGAUCGAACGCGAGGUAGGGAUCCUCAGAAAUUCGGGCGAGGCGAUCAGUGUGCUUUGGUGAGUGAAUCAUCUUUCGUUUUGACCGGCGAAAAUUCGCUCGAGCUGACGGUUCUCUUCAAUUUUCAGGGAGGCGGCUGUCAAAGGAACGAUCGGUGAGUUAGAAGAGCUCAGCACGAGGUUCCAAGAGCCCUAGUACUGAGCAGGAUGCCGCAUGUUCUUUUCCCACAGCCCUCGCCAAGUCCGAAGAUGGACCUUCUACGACCCCUGCCCCCGCGCCUUCACCAAUGCAUCACUCCGCAUCCCCUUACGGCGGUCCAAGCACGAUGGGAAUGUACCCCUUCCCUACAAUGGACCACCAUGGACAUGAUCAACCUCCUUACUCCUAUCCCUGCUCUCCUACUUUCCAUCCUCACCCUCAACAAAGAGCAGGCACCGCUUCCCCCUCCGCUUACGCCCAACCGUCAUUCACUUACACCUCCGAAGACGAUAUCUCCAACUUGGGUGAUCUCGUCGAUUCUUCUUCAUCCGACCAAGAACUGACCCCUCAAAAAUCUUCCCACGUACAUCUACAAAGUACGACGCGGGAAUCGGCAAGGACUUUACGACGUACGGCUUAUUCGACACCUUCGUUGAAAGGGUUCGCUCUAGGUAUCGACGGUUCCGUAGAACGUCGUUCAAGAUCUGGUAUCUCCACCCCCGGUGCGAAUCAUGCCAGUGCAGAAGAUUACUACUUCGAUGGCUUGGCAACCCCUCGACCGACGAUGGUUCGAAAAAGGAGUCGAAGUGGUCCGGAGGAGAAACCUAGGAGGGACGCCGCCAGGGGUUGGGCAGAGACGCUUGCGGGCGCCGUGUCGAGUCGUAUUAUACGACCUUCGGCUUGA